AUGGAAGCCGCUCCUGCGUCGGGCGUGGUGCCGGCGGUCGAGAUCGAGAAGUGCGUCGCCAACGCCGAGGACGUCGAGUCGGAGCCCGUAGCGGCGGCGGACCGGCGGGCGGAGGAGUCCGUGCCGCCGUGGCGGGAGCAGGUGACGGUGCGCGGCCUGGUGGCGGCGCUGCUGAUUGGGUUCGUCUACACUGUGAUCAUACUCAAGCUGGCGCUCACCACCGGCAUCAUCUCCACGCUCAACGUCUCCGCCGCCCUACUCGCCUUCCUCUCGCUCCGCGGCUGGACGCGCGCGCUGGGCCGCCUCCGCCUCGGCGCCGGCGGCGCGCCACGCCCCUUCACCCGCCAGGAGAACGCCGUCGUCCAGACCUGCGCCGUCGCUUGCUACACCAUGGGCUUCGGCGGUGGGUUUGGAUCGUCGCUGCUGGCGCUGGACAAGAAGACAUACGAGCUGGCCGGGGUGAACACGCCAGGAAACGCGCCGGGGAGCUACUAG